CGGUAGUGCGCAACGGCCACACUGUCAAAUCCCUGUGAAUCAUUGUUUUGUGUUUAAAACUAUAAAAUAUUUGAGCCAGAAUCAAAUUACAAGAUGCAGGAACAGAGUCCCGAGCUGUACGAGGAGGUGAAGCUCUUCCGUAACGCCCGCGAGCGCGAGAAGUACGACAACAUGGCCGAUCUGUACGCAAUCAUCAACACCAUCCAGCAGCUGGAGAAGGCCUACAUCCGCGACUGCAUUACACCGCAGGAAUACACUGCCGCCUGCUCCAAAUACCUGGUGCAGUACAAGGUGGCCUUUAAGCAGGUGCAGUGCGACGAAUUCCCCUCGGUGGAGACGUUCGUUAAGAAGUUCCGGCUGGACUGCCCGGCGGCGCUGGAGCGCAUCCGCGAGGACCGACCCAUCACCAUACGCGACGACAAGGGCAACACCUCCAAGUGCAUCGCCGAGAUCGUGUCGCUGUUCAUCACAAUCAUGGACAAGCUGCGCCUGCAGAUCAACACCAUGGACGCCCUGCAGCCGGACGUCAAGGACCUGGCGGACAACAUGAACCGCCUAUCCCUCAUUCCCGAGGACUUCGACGCCAAGCUGAAGGUGGAGAAGUGGCUGGGCAGCCUAAACGAGAUGCAGGCCUCCGACGAGUUGAGCGAGGGCCAGGUCCGCCAGUUCCUCUUCGACCUGGAGUCGGCGUACGCGGACUUCAACAAGCUGCUCCACAGCCAGUAGCUAUCAGUUUCUCAUUGUUUACGUGUAUCCCUAAAUUUAUAUAGCAUAUUCCGAUAUUAAACAAGUUUUAUAUACCUUACAUUUGCGGUUCAUUUCAUCACGUUCGUGAAAUGGAUAGCGCAGACUAAAACAA